AGCGCGAGCCUCGGCGGCCGGAACCGGUCUGGGAACAGUGGCGGAACGUGAGGCCGCUUGCCCUCCCGCCCCAUGGAGCGGCCCCCGGGGCUGCGGCCGGGCGCGGGCGGGCCCUGGGAGAUGCGGGAGCGGCUGGGCACCGGCGGCUUUGGGAACGUCUGCCUGUAUCAGCAUCGGGAACUUGAUGUCAAGAUAGCAAUUAAGUCAUGUCGCCUAGAGCUAAGUACCAAAAACAGAGAACGGUGGUGCCAUGAAAUCCAGAUCAUGAAGAAGUUGAACCACGCCAAUGUUGUAAAGGCCUGUGAUGUACCUGAGGAAUUGAAUUUUUUAAUUAAUGAUGUGCCUCUUCUAGCAAUGGAAUACUGUUCUGGAGGAGAUCUCCGGAAGUUACUCAACAAACCAGAAAAUUGCUGUGGACUUAAAGAAAGCCAGAUACUUUCUUUACUAAGUGAUAUAGGGUCUGGGAUCCGAUAUUUGCAUGAAAACAAAAUUAUACAUCGUGAUCUAAAACCUGAAAACAUAGUUCUUCAGGAUGUUGGUGGAAAGAUUAUGCAUAAAAUAAUUGAUCUGGGAUAUGCCAAAGAUGUUGAUCAAGGAAGUCUGUGUACAUCUUUUGUGGGAACACUGCAAUAUCUGGCCCCAGAACUCUUUGAGAAUAAGCCUUACUCAGCUACUGUUGAUUAUUGGAGCUUUGGGACCAUGGUCUUUGAAUGUAUUGCUGGGUAUAGGCCUUUUUUGCAUCAUCUACAGCCAUUUACCUGGCAUGAGAAGAUUAAGAAGAAGGAUCCAAAGUGUAUAUUUGCAUGUGAAGAGAUGACAGGAGAAGUUCGGUUUAGUAGUCAUUUACCUCAACCAAAUAGCCUUUGUAGUUUGAUAGUAGAACCCAUGGAAAACUGGCUUCAGUUGAUGCUGAAUUGGGAUCCUCAUCAAAGAGGAGGACCUGUUGACCUUACUUUGAAGCAGCCAAGAUGUUUUGUAUUAAUGGAUCACAUUCUGAGUUUGAAGAUAGUACACAUCCUAAAUAUGACUUCUGCAAAGAUAAUUUCUUUUUUGUUACCACCUGAUGAAAGUCUUCAUUCACUGCAGUCUCGUAUUGAGCGUGAAACUGGAAUAAACACUGGUUCUCAAGAGCUUCUUUCAGAGACGGGAAUUUCUCUGGAUCCUAGGAAACCAGCCUCUCAAUGUGUUCUAGAUGGAGUCAGAGGCUGUGAUAGCUAUAUGGUGUAUUUGUUUGAUAAAAGUAAGACUGUAUAUGAAGGACCAUUUGCUUCCAGAAGUUUAUCUGACUGUGUAAAUUAUAUUGUACGGGACAGCAAAAUACAGCUUCCAAUUAUACAGCUGCGUAAAGUAUGGGCUGAAGCAGUACACUAUGUGUCUGGGCUAAAAGAAGACUACAGCAGGCUCUUUCAGGGACAAAGAGCAGCAAUGUUAAGUCUUCUUAGAUACAAUGCUAACUUGACAAAAAUGAAGAACACUUUGAUCUCAGCAUCUCAGCAACUAAAAGCUAAAUUGGAGUUUUUCCACAAAAGCAUUCAGCUUGACUUGGAAAGAUACAGUGAGCAGAUGACUUAUGGGAUUUCCUCAGAAAAAAUGUUAAAAGCAUGGAAGGAAAUGGAAGAAAAGGCUAUCCAUUAUGCUGAGGUGGGUGUCAUUGGUUACCUGGAGGAUCAGAUCAUGUCUCUACACACUGAAAUCAUGGAGCUGCAGAAGAGCCCUUAUGGAAGACGUCAGGGAGACUUAAUGGAAUCUCUGGAACAACGUGCCAUUGAUCUGUAUAAGCAGUUAAAGCACAGACCUUCAGAUCAAUACUACAGCGACAGCACGGAAAUGGUGAAGAUCAUUGUGCAUACUGUUCAGAGUCAAGACCGGGUUCUCAAGGAGCUGUUUGGUCACCUGAGCAAGUUAUUGGGCUGUAAACAGAAGAUUAUUGAUCUACUGCCUAAGGUGGAAAUGGCCCUUAGUAACAUCAAAGAAGCUGACAAUACUGUCAUGUUUAUGCAGGGAAAGAGACAGAAAGAAAUAUGGCAUCUCCUUAAAAUUGCCUGUACACAGAGUUCUGCCCGGUCCCUUGUAGUAUCUAGUCUAGAAGGUGCAGUAACCCCUCAGGCAUCAGCAUGGCUUCCCCCAGCUUCAACAGAACGUGAACAUCCUCUGUCAUGUGUGGUAACUCCUCAAGAUGGGGAGACUAUAGCACAAAUGAUAGAAGAAAAUUUGAACUGUCUUGGCCAUUUAAGCACUAUUAUUCAUGAAGCAAAUGAGGAACAGGGCAGUAGAAUAAUGAAUCUUGAUUGGAGUUGGUUAACAGAAUGACUUGCUACUUAUUCACUGUCCCCAAACAUAUGGAAGUUGUUGGUGCACGUGUUGGAAAUUUGCUUUUCUCCCAUGAAAUCAUUC